GAGCGAAGUCGAACUUGUCUUCUUCUAAGACACUUAGUAAUAGUGCGCUGUUGUAUUUACUCCUGACUUUUCGGACUACGGAGCUUCAUCCACAGAGAUUGCACUGUGUAUAAUUUUAGAGUUACACCUGUACAAGACGAAGGACCGUUUUAUUACAUAUAUCAGUGUCCAGGAGAAUAAAUGGCUAUGGAAGGAACGACGACACCUUCUACUGAAUCUCUAAACAUGGAUGAAGUGGCAGUGAAUAUUUCAAAUGCUGAGGAAGACUCGAAAGAAGUGGCAGUGAAUAUUUCGGAUGCUGAGGAAGACUCGAAUGAAAUGGCAGUGAAUAUUUCGGAUGCUGAGGAGGACUCCAAUAUUUGUCGCAUCGAGAUCGAAGAAGUCGGGAUACAAGAAGUUGUUUUAACCAUUCCCGAAGAAACGAAUGGUAAACAAGAAAAUUAUACGGAUAUAGUUCAGCGAUUGCGGGAGACAUAUAAAAGAGGAAAAUCAAAACCGUUGGAAUGGAGGAUCAAGCAACUGAAGCAAGUUUUACGGAUGCUGACGGAAACCACAUCAGAUAUUGUAGUAGCAUUAGCAUCGGAUUUGCAUAGGAGCAAGUUCGAAACAUAUGCAUUGGAGGUCGAUUAUAUAAUUCAAGAGAUCAAGUAUAUGCUAAUGCAUAUUAAAGAAUGGUCUGCAACAGAGAAGCCAUCCAAAGGAAUGAUAAAUCUUUUCGAUUCCGUGGAGAUUCGAAAAGAUCCCUAUGGGGUUGUACUAGUCAUGGGUGCAUGGAAUUACCCUCUUCAGCUGAAUUUACUGCCUAUGAUAGGCGCCCUAGCAGCUGGAAAUUGUGUGAUUUUGAAGCCCUCCGAGGUAGCAUCGGCUACGGCAAAAUAUUUGUACGACACUAUUCCGAAAUAUUUAGACACGGAAUGUUGCCAUAUAAUAUUAGGAGGAGUCAAAGAAACAACAGAACUACUCAAUCAACGUUUUGAUUAUAUUUUUUAUACGGGAUCCUCUGCAGUUGGAAAAAUCGUGCGAAGCGCUGCCAAUAAGCAUCUUACACCUGUUACAUUAGAAUUGGGUGGCAAAAGUCCCGUAUACCUAGAUAAUACAGUGGAUAUGCCGCUGGCAGCGAAACGUAUUUUGUGGGGCAAAUGUAUAAACGUUGGUCAAACUUGCAUAGCGCCUGAUUAUAUUCUAUGUACAACCGAGGUACAAAAUAAAUUCAUCGAGGAAGUUAAAAAGAUUAUGAAGGAAUGGUAUGGCGAUAAUGUACAAGAGAGUCCCGACUUGGCACGCAUAAUUACAGAUAAACAUUAUCAGAGACUUGUCAGUUACUUAACCGGUAACGGCAAAAUUGCCGUUGGUGGUGAGACAAAUCCUAUAGAGAGAUACAUCUCGCCUACAAUACUCGUCAAUGUCAAACCAACGGAUCCUGUUAUGCAGGAUGAAAUAUUUGGUCCGAUAUUGCCUAUAAUAAAUGUUAAUAACGCAUAUGAAGCGAUUGAAUUUAUUAAUAAUCGUGAAAGACCACUCGUACUGUACAUAUUUACCACGAACAAGAGGGUACAAGAUCUAAUUAUAGACCAGAUCUGCAGCGGAGCCGUGUGUGUCAACGACACGAUAUUGCAAUAUGCCGUUGAGUCUCUACCCUUCGGAGGGGUAGGAAAUUCUGGCAUGGGAGCCUAUCAUGGAAAAUUUACAUAUGAUACAUUCACGCACAAAAAGGGUUGUUUGAUUCGGAAUUACAAUAAAAUCGCAGAGGUGUUGGGAAAGAACCGCUUUUCGCCGUAUUCCGAUAAAAAAUUGAUGUUGCUUAGGCAUUUACUUGAAAGAAGACCUGGAAUACCUGGCGCAAAAUAUUUGUCAUACGUAUUAAUGUUUGGCCUCGGAGUACUCGCCACGAUCGGGCUCAAGGCCAUAAUGAAGGUACAAAAACGAAUAUCUAAUUAAAUUCCGCACAAAUACUAUUGUAAACGAAAACAAGGUUCACCUUUGAUCACAUAAUUCAUAUUAUGUCACAUGUAAACACUAAUACUCAAAAUAAGCAGUCUAUAUAUAUUAUACAAUUAUGUAUUGAAUAAAACAUUUGCUUAAUCAAUGGUAUUAAUAUGGAUAGAGAAUGGCAUGGAAGGGUAGAGGGAAAAAAUAAUUUCCGAAAAAAUAUGGCUUUCAGGAUAGAAAGGGAGAGAGAAAGUGUGUGAUAGAGAGAAUAAUGUACAAAUAAAAGCUAACAUUUUUUUUGUUUUUUAAGUUUGAUUGCUUUGCAAAACAAAAUUGUAUUGUGUAUUUUAUAGAUUUAUUAUGUAUAUGUAGCUUUCUUAGAAUCUUGUAGUGAAUGUGGAUAAUGCUUCGAAUUUACAUGCAUUAAAUGAAUGUGUGUUAAGUGAUGUUUGAGACAAUAAUAAUAUGUAUGUACAUUAUAUUACUGCAUAUUUCUUACUAUUAGAGAUAUAAGAUUAACUUAAUUUAAGAAAAUUUAUAUCAUAUAACAAUAUCACUCAAAAAUUAAAUCUCAUAGUAAAACACAAAAUUAUUCUUAAA